AUGUCUUAUAUAAGAGAGUUGCACCCAGAGAGUUGCGUUUCUUAUAAUCCAGUCAGCGGCCAAAGCCAUCAACCGAGCCUCUCCCAACCUCCUCACAUGCAAUUGCCAAACAUUUUCAUUCUCACCAUCGCCUUCGCGGCAUCUGCCGUUGGUGCUGUCGAUUUCUGGGUUGCGUACGACCUUGAGUCAACAUCUUAUUGUUCCGGACAGGGCGGUUGUACUGGUGGUUCUAACCAGUAUGUCUGGUUGUCGAACGGCGGCGACCAACCUGGCUGCAAGCAGAUGGAUAGCGCAAGACCGGUCGACGCCUGGGACUAUAAGAGCAGCUGGCCGUACAAGUUCACGGAGAUUCUUUGCAAUAAGAGGAUCGACUUCUACAACACCCAGGAUGGUUCUGACAGCUAUGACUUCUACUAUGCUGGAGGUGAUGGCAGGAAGCUAGGCCGGUGCUAUAAGAAUAUUACUGGGCAGAAGGUCUGCCUUAACCCUCUGUCAGGUUCAGAUGUGAUCAGGGGCAUUGCGCAGUGCUUCUACGAUUCCGGCGCGAGUCGCGCAUGUUAG